GAAAUUUCUUCUUCAACUUCAGAAAUAUCAUCUGUAAGCAAUACAAGUAAAAAAAAUGUGCGUGAAUUAAAAUUAGUCAUUGGGUCACAUUUUUUCUCCCCAUUGGAUUCUGCGUGUUUAUUUGCUUACUGCUCAAGAAGACGCAAAAAACAAAUUAAUGAACAAGAUGAACCACUUUUACGACACUUCAACACUAUUUAUACAAAGCAAGCCUUUCCUAUCGAAUAUUUUAAUAAUGACAUAGUUAAAUGGAAAAAUAAGAAUAUAAUGCAUACAUCAAGAACCUUAUAUUCUGAAACAAACUGGAUUAAUAUUAAUACGAGGCCUAUUUUCGCAAAUCAUAUUUUAUGCCCUAAUAAAAAUUGCCAUGGAAUAAUUAAUGUUUCUUCUGGUCAUCUCCAGUUUAGAAUAUUAAAUAAUGAUUCACUCAUUAAUAAUGAAUCAAAAAUUUCCUAUUUAUGUGUUCCUCCAGAAAAUGAGCUUUAUCCAUAG